AUGGAUGAAAAACUCAAUGAGCUGCGCGACCGAUUGUCAGUGGCUCUUGGGUACAAACAGCUCCGGUCUCAACCAACUGACCCAAGACGUGCAAGCAUGCCAAACCAGCGUGGUCUACAUGCAGCGUCCUCCACUAGACAAGCCCCCUAUUUUUACAACCAGGCUCAAGCAGCUCAAUCGUUUGCUCCCAAUCCAGCUUCGUUCUCAGCUGCUGCUAAUCAUCAGAGAGGUGUUCUUUCCAUUGCCUGGUGUAUGCAAGACCCUGAUUUAUUAUUGAGCUGUGGAAAAGACAAUCGCAUCCUGUGCUGGAAUCCCAACUCCAAUGCACCGGGUGGUGAAGUUGUGUGUGAAGUUGCAACCACAACUCAAUGGAACUUUGAUGUGGCUUGGUGUCCAAGAAAUCCUGCUUUAAUAUCUAGUUGCAGCUUUGAUGGUCAUGUCAGCAUUUAUUCACUUACUGGUGGUGCCCAGCCCCAGGUGCAGACAAGCAAUAAGAUUGCAGAUUCAUUUCCAGGCAUGGAAAGUUAUGCACAGGCCACUCCUCCUCAACCAGCACCAGUUUCUGUAGAUUUGAGGAAGCCGCCAAAGUGGUUGCGUCGGCCUUGUGGUGCAUCAUUCGGGUUUGGUGGCAAGUUAGUAUCAUUUGAGUUUGACAAGUCAGCCCCUGUGCAGCAGCCAGCUGCGCCACAACAACUAGGCUUUGUUGCCACACCAGCCGUGAAAAGAACUGUUUCCAUCAGUCAAGUAGUGACGGAAGGCAGCCUCAUGGCAAGAGCUCAGGCUUUAGAUGUAGCCUUGCAGCAGGGCGAUUAUAGAGAUUUCUGCAAAAGCCGUGCUGCUGAGAGUCACACAUCUCAUGAUAGAAUUUUGUGGGAAUGCCUCAAAGCUCACUUUGAACCUAAUUUGUCAUCAGAAGUUUUGACCCUAUUAGGUUUCAAUCCUGAAGAAGUUAAGAACAAGCUUAACAUCUCUAUUGCACCGCCUGAUGAUUCACCUACUGAAUUUAAUGGGAUUGACAAUUUAACAACCCAAAUGCAUGAUUUGUCUGCUGGAUCUGCUGAUGAUGCCUUUAGUGCCAUAGCUGCUUCAGCACAGUUAAAAAAGAAGUCAGAAAUAACUGCUCCUUUUAGGAUUGUUACUGGUGACGAUGCAAAUGGAUUGAUUUGCCAAGCUCUUUUACUUGGUCACACUGAAGCUGCUGUAGAAUUGUGUCUUCAAGAAGGUCGCCAUGCUGAUGCUAUUGUUUUAGCUAUGACUGGUGGUCCAGAUCUGCUUGCAAAGACACAAUUUAGAUAUUUCCAGAAAAGUAAAGGUUAUCUUUCAACCCUUAUGUCAGCUGUAGUUACUGAAGACUGGAGUCAAGUUGUUGCAUCUUGUGAUCUAGAGAGCUGGAAGGAAGCUUUGACUGCUAUUCUUACACACACCAGAGGAGAUGAAUAUUCGCGCUUGUGUGAACAAUUGGGGCACCGUUUAGAAGUAGAAUCGGGAGGUCUUCAUAAACAGAAAGCACAACUUUGUUAUGCUAUUGCGGGCAACCUCCACAAGUUGGUUGACAACUGGAUGUUAGACAUUCGACCUACUACACCAGAACAGAUGCAGGAUCUGGUGGAGAUUGUUGCUGUUCUACGUACAGCAAUGGAGCUUAGAGGCAAUAAUGUUGAUAUAUCUGGCUCCCUUGCAAAUACUCUAUCACAGUAUGCUGAGUUUUUGGCAUCCCAAGGUAGCCUUGCCUCUGCUUUCACUUAUUUAACCAACUCUCAAGAUGAAAAACUCAAUGAGCUGCGCGACCGAUUGUCAGUGGCUCUUGGGUACAAACAGCUCCGGUCUCAACCAACUGACCCAAGACGUGCAAGCAUGCCAAACCAGCGUGGUCUACAUGCAGCGUCCUCCACUAGACAAGCCCCCUAUUUUUACAACCAGGCUCAAGCAGCUCAAUCGUUUGCUCCCAAUCCAGCUUCGUUCUCAGCUGCAUCUUACAAUCCAUCUCCACUGGUUCCUACCCCUGCACCUAUCUCGGCGCCCAUUCCAGCCCCUGUUCCAAUGCAGACUUUGCCUCCCACGCAGCCGUUAUCGGGAAUUCCUCCUCUGCAGGUUCAACCCUCCAUGCAGGGACCUCCUCCUGGGCCCAGUGCAAGCCCAGGAGUAUUGCCACGUGCGCCAUCCGUGACAGAUGGUGUAGGCCAGUGGUCUCACUUUGGGCAUAAUGUUGCCUAUUCUGGUACGCAACAGUUGUGGAGUAGGUCACCAAAAAUCACAAGUGGCUCCUCAAAUCGGAAAUAUGUCCUUGAUCCAUCAGUUCAAAGUGGCUCUCCAGGAUAUAACCCCACCUCAAACUUCCCUAGCUCUGGUUCCAUGUUCAAUCAAUCUAUCAGUCAAACCCAACCACAGCUGUAUUCAACUCAACCACAGGGCCAGGCUUACCCAGGUCAACCCCAGAGCCAGCCUUUCCCUGGCCAACCGCAGACUCAGUCUUUCCCUGGCCAAUCUGCUAACCAACAGUUUUCAACCUAUGGCUCUGGAUAUGGAGAGACACAACAAGAUUAUUUCAAUGCUUCUCCUUUGCCCCCACCACCCUCUAGUCAGCCUCCACCGGGUUGGAAUGAUCCCCCUGCAUUGAAAAACGCUGGCCGCUCUAAGCCCCCUAAGACUGAUGUUGCUGCUGUUGCACCAAUUACUCAUCCACUGUUUGGAGUUGUUCCUCAGGAAACGGCUCCACCCCUAAAUAGUAUGAAUGGUGGUUAUGCUGAUACUAUGGUUGGAAAUGCAGGCUCUUAUGGCCAUCCCCAGCAAAACGUUUAUCAAGCUCCUAAUGUGUAUCAGCCUCAAAUGAUGCAGGCCCAAAUGGUAAAUCCUCAUGAGCAAACACCACCAACGCCUCAGUUCUCUCGAGCUAAACCGGAACCACCACCUCCUAAAGCACCCAUUCCUGAAGAACAUGUAGUGCUGCAAACUGUCUUUGACGAAUUGCGGAAUAAAUGCUUCCAGGCUUCAAAUAAUCCACAAGCAAAGAAGAAACUUGAUGAUGUAGCCAGAAAAUUAGAAGCCCUUUAUGAUGCACUUAGGGAUAUGAGGUUGUCCAACAAUACACUUCAAAGUCUACACCAGCUAAUGCAAAUGGUUCAAAUGGGAGAUUACGCCGGUGGCCUUAAUCUUCACACUCAAUUGGUGUCGGGUCCUGACUUUUCACAAAUCUCAAGCUUUAUGCCUGGGUUGAAAGUUCUUUUGCAAACAGCUUUGUCCUUAGGUGUUUAUCUUCAAUGAACAUUUACUGUUUUUCUUUUGUUGAUAAUUUGCUCAUCGACCUAGUUGAGCAAUUUUCUUAGCCAGUAAGUGUACAAACUUUUUCAAGUCUAUUAAAAUAUUGUAUAGUUUAUUUUUAAAGUUUUGCCAACAGGAAGGGGAACUGAUAUUCUGUUGUAAUAUACUGUUUGUUUUACAAAUAAGGUAUAGCUAUGAAUUUUUAGUGUGAAUAAACUGAGAGAUGACAUUUAUUCUUGGAUAAAGGUGCUUAUUAAACUUGGGAAUCACAGACUUGUCAGGGUACUUUGAUACUUCACGUUAGUGUUUUCAUACCAAUCUCCGACUGAAUCUCUUGAAAACAAUGUCUGAGUAAGAUUCCUAGUUUAUUCUUAUUUGUUACUCUGUUGUGAUUCAAAUGUAACUUUGCAUCUUUUCAUAAAACCCAUUCACAGAUAAAAUCCAGUGGGUAUUCAUUCAUUGCCUGUGUGUUUGUGUUUGGUUGUGCUCCACACUGCUCUCAGUAUUUUUUCACAUUUUGCUGAAACUAGUAUUAUGCCAACUCAUUAAUUUUUAUUGGGGUACCAUCAAAUACUACUGUGACUGACAUUUUAUAAACCAUACUAGCUUUCAUCAUUUUAUACUUUUUUUUCGCGAGCUCACUUUUUAACGAGAUUGUGAAUAUGAGCAGUUUAUACGUAAAUACCUAUCUCAAAGAACGCCACAAACUUGCUCUCUGAAGUUUUAUUUUGGUGAAUGAGCACAUUGAUACUAUCAUGUCAACUGCAUCUUCUGGAUAAUGAUAGACAGAUUUAAAAAGAGUGGAAAUUACCCAAAAUAGCAAUAACUAUAUUUUACUCUCGGACCUGUGCACUGAAUGGCAGUUAACCUUUAAGAAAAUAGUCACUCUCAAUCAAUAACAUGAAUUUUUAGGAGUUGAAACUGUUACAUUUGUGAACUUUCAUCUUUCAUGUGAUAUAGUCAGACCGAUCUGACCUGCUUUUAGCCUGAAACUGUAUUCUCUAAAAACUAAUAAAACAUUAUUUACUUACUUUUC